AUGGGAGAGAAAACCCUCAGAAGCCGUGUGGACAAGGCCUCGUUUGUGAAGAGCUGCAGCUUCCAUGUGUCACAGAAGCCAUUUACCUGCAGGGAUUUUGAAAAGGACUUCCUGACCAUCAUGGUUCACCUGCAGCAACAGGCUCUGAAGAAGCCAAACACAGUCACCCAGUGCAACUCAGCCCUCACUUACCAUCAGAGAUCUCACACAGGAGAAAGGCCUUAUGAGUGUAGUGACUGUGAGAAAUCUUUUGUCUCUAGGCCUGCCCUCAGGUAUCAUCAGAGAUCUCACACAGGAGAACGACCUUAUGCGUGCAGUCAGUGUGGGAAGACUUUUACCACUAGCUCUAACCUCCAUUAUCAUCAAAGAGUUCACACUGGAGAAAGGCCUUAUGAAUGUAGUGAAUGUGGAAAGUCUUUUAACAAUAGGUGGGUUCUCAUUCAACAUCAGAGAGUUCACACAGGAGAAAGGCCUUAUGAGUGUACUGAGUGUGGGAAAUUGUUUAAGUAUGGAUCCCAAUUGAAUCAACACCAGAAAGCUCACACUGGUGAAAAGCCUUUUGAGUGCAGUGAAUGUGGGAAGUCCUUUAAUCGAAGAAAUAACCUCAUCUUACACCAGAGAAUUCACACAGGAGAAAGGCCUUAUGUGUGCAAUGAAUGCGGGAAAUCAUUUACCUUCAGCUCCAGCCUUCGUUAUCAUCAGAGAGCUCACACUGGAGAAAGACCCUAUGAGUGCAGUGAAUGUGGGAAAUCUUUUAUCUCGAGGUCUGACCUCCAUUAUCAUCAAAGAGUUCAUUCUGGAGAAAGGCCUUAUGAGUGUAGUGAAUGUGGGAAAUCCUUUAUCCAAAGAAAUAACCUCAUAAUACACCAGAGAAUUCACACAGGAGAAAGGCCUUAUGAGUGCAGUGAAUGUGGUAAAUCUUUUACUUGUAGUUCCACUCUCCAUUAUCAUCAGAGAGUUCACACUGGAGAAAGGCCUUACGUGUGCAGUGAAUGCGGGAAAUCUUUUAUUACCACAUCCAAACUGCGUUGUCAUCAGAAAGGUCACAUUGGAGAAAGGCCUUAA